CCCUGUCCCCCUAGCCUGCCCCCUCAAAGUUUGCACCCUUCUCGCCAACUCUUUACGCCCUGAGCGAUUUGAUUGGCUCAUGGCUUUCUCCCCCGAUGGUGAAACCCUGACCCUGCCCCCGCCCUUGGAAGUUAGAAAAUCCAAUGAGGAAACCCUGAAUAAAUCUACUUCUGGGUCAACGUCAGGGUCGCGUUCAAAAGUGAUGACUUUCAAGGAACUGCGUAACCGUAGCAAACACAGCUCCCCGGCCUACCAACUAAUAACUGAACCGGAUCCUGAUCCUACAGUCAUAACCCCUGACCCUGACUUCCUCUACAACCUCAAGUGGAGGAGGGAAAAGACGGACAGCGACGGAAUCCAAUGGGAGUACACCUCCCAGGCCCAGGCCACCUUCCUGCAACCACCUCCCCUCACCUCAUUGGCUGCUUUUAGGGAAAUGUUCCAGAAAGCAGAGGAUGCAAUUGGACAACCAGAGUUAUGUCCCUCGCAGCGGAUUGGGUGCUCAGCCAGUGAAGGGAACCUGUGGAGGAUGGAUGGACAGAGAAAAGAGGAGGGAGAAAAGAGGAAAGAAGAGGUGGAGGUGAGAGGAACAGCUGAUGGAGGAAGAACCUGGGAGUCAAGAACGACAGCGGUUCGUAGCGUCUCAUUUGCCGGCUCUGUACAGAGAGGUGGGACUUCCUGGAUGGGCGAUGACGUGAAGGCCCCUCUGAGAGGCCUAGGGCUGUCCUCUCUGUGCCUGCUGGAAAAAAGAGCUCUGGUCAGUGCAGUCAGUGUGGCAGUGGAGGCCAUUUUGGCUCAGUUCAGCUCCUCACGGACCCUGGUGCAGAAGUCUGCCUCCAUUAACAAGGCUCUAUCAGGAGACAGCAGUGUGAAUCCGUCUCUGGGCCGGCUGGUGCUGCAGUGUUUGUGCCCCGCCCUGCGGAGCCUGCUCUCCGAUGGCCUCAAGCCCCACCAGAGUGAUUUGAUCUUGGGCAGGAGGCCAAACUCAGCCUGGGGACUGGUCCAGGCCUCCACCAGGCCAGGUAGGAACUCUGGAGCGCAGUACAGAGGGCCCAGCACUCAGUCCCUGUACAGCCUCCAGGCUAGAAUAGGAGAGCUGCCCCAGCUCCGGCAGAACAAACACAGGUUCAACGCCUUCCUCCUCGGCCUCCUCAACAUCAAGCUUAUGGAUUUCUGGCUGUCCCAUCUCCAGUCAUGUGGUGAUGUGUUGGUGACGUUCUACCGGCCCUCCUCCUUCAUGCGUUUGUCAUUGACUUCCUGCCAGCCUCUGUUUGAGGAGCUCCUCCUCCUGCUGCAGCCCCUCAGUCUCCUGACCCUUAACCUCGACCUGCUCUUCCAGCACCACCACCUGGAUCCAGCCAAUCACAGCCCAGAGAUCCCCAGCCCAUCCAAUCAGGACCUGGGGUUCAGGCUCUCGCCCCGGGGGUCCGCAUCCCAAGGCAGUGGCAGCAGCUAUCUCGAGAGCCUAUCAGAGCUGGACUUUGGGAGAGCAGAACCCGAGGCGCUCAAUCAUAAUGCGAGCUCGUCGUCCCUGGCCAACUCAGGGGUGGGAGGGUUGGUGGAGUCACUGAAGCCAGCGAGUCUCAGUGUGGGGCCUGCAAAGGUUUCUGGGCGUCUUGCGGAGACAAGUCCUCAGCUGAUGUGGGUUCAGGAGAAAGAAAUUAGGGAGCUAGCACCUCCUAAUGUUGAGGCCAGUCUCUCCCAACAGGCAGGACAGGUGAUCCAGCAGGGAUGGGGGGCUGUGGUACGCUGGGGGGGUAAGCUGGGCCAGAACCUGGCUGAACUCAGCCUGUCUGCAGUACAGAACCAGGAGGGGACAUCCAGAGACCCCCCAGAGCCCCAGACCAGUACCCAGGCCAGGAGUGACCCUCCUCAGGUUGUUGGAGCAUUGGCGGUCCCCUGGGGUCUGGGACGGCUGUUUGGAGCCUCCAAUAACCCCACGAUACCCACACUUCCAACCAGACGUCCGUCUCAGUGGUUGUCUCCAGGGGUGUCUGUUCUGACCCGGAUGGUGAGCAGCAGUUCCAGCGCUAACCAGAGGAGGGCGCUGGAGCCCCAGCAGGUAGAAGAGGUGUUAGAGAGAGAGAUGGAGGAGACAUGGGACAACCCAAGACCCCUCAGGUCAGUCAGAACACUAUGCGACCACUCUGGCACAGGGGCGGAGCUAAGCUUCCAGAAAGGGGAGGAGUUAGUGGUUUUAGGGUGUGUCGAUCAGGACUGGAUUCGCUGUCGUCAGGGAGACCGAGAGGGGCUCAUACCCAUUGGCUAUGCCUCACUGAUCCUGUGAUUUCAGACACCUGAUCAGAGUCUUGAUUGUUUGAAUAUAUCUGGGGGAGGGAAAAUGAAGUCAUAAAGCUAUAAUGUAUUUAGGCAACCAUAGAGAGGCUGUGGUGAAGUCCCAAUGCUCUCAGAGAAAUAGUUCACCCCUGAAUCUAAGUUCAAAUCACAUGUUUAUAUCUCUAAAGUGGUCCAAAGUCGUAUGUCAGGGUUCCCCAACUGGCGGCCCAUGAUUUUAGUUGGCAAAGGGUUUGGGUUACUUGUUGGACAUAAAAAUACUAACAUCAGUAAAUGUUGGAAAUCUGUUCCAAGGUAUUCCCACACAGAGAGAUGUGAUUGUUUACAAAUCUAAGCAAGGUUUGAAAUGAUUAUAUUUUAGUCAAAUGUUAUAUCUGUUUGGGCUUCUUGCGGUCAAUUUGCAUCUACAAAUGAUUUGUGAUUAUGUUCCACUGGUGGCUGAAUCUAGUUGAUGAUCUCUGGUCUAAGUGAUUUAGUUCAGUCCUUACUCCGCACCAUCUGUUGUGUACAUCCCACUAUAUGCACUGGUAGAAAUCUGCAAAACUCAAUCCCUAAAGAACUGUACCAUCUAAUGCCAUCUAAUUAGGGGGAUUUAAGGAAGAUUUCAUUUAGCUUACCAGAUGGUGUGGAAUAUGGACCCAGCACAACUUCAGACCACUUUUGAAGUGUGAAAACUUCAGACAAACACUUAUCUUGAUGUGGACUAUCCCUUUAAAUGUCCUCCAUUCAUCAUCUCUCUUUGGUGACCACUGAUCUGAGAAGGACUGGAUAAAGCUUUGUAGAAUUCUAUUCAUAGGUUGCACCUCCGUUUACGUCAUACCAAGCCGUCAUCGGCGGUGCCCUAAAGUGGUGAUAAGCCCCGUCACGUCAUACCAAGCCGUCAUCGGCGGUGCCCUAAAGUGGUGAUAAGCCCCGUCGUUCUGAGUCGAACUACUGUUUAGUCUAAAUUACAAUAUAGUGCCUGUGGAAAUACGGUGCCGUUGCUAAAGUAGUCAAAUAUGUAGUAGGAAACAACUUUCCCAGCAUGAUCAUGUCGUCAAAUUGACUUUAGACGGAUGGCAAUGUCAUCAUCUAGCAAAAUUCGGCAAACAUAGCUAGCAAAGCUAUCGUUAGCUAGUUGCAAUCAGAUGGCCUCCCCUCAAUUUAAGCUAGUUAGCUAAUGUUAUACUGCAUUUAAAGUCUAUCUGGUGACAUCAAAAUGAUGACGAAAGAAUUUCCUAAUUAUUAUUUGCCUAUUUUUGAAUGUCAUCCUGGCAACUGAAAUACACUUUCGAUGAAAUCUUCAUCAGCGCUUAUUGAUGAUGCAUUGAGUAGAAUGCUCAGUCGGGCAUCAGUUCAAACGAACGUUAAAAACAAUAUUGUGACGAAACAUGCAACCAAUGCAUUGAGCUUAUCCAAACACUUUCAGAUCAGCAGUCACUAUGGGAAGAUUUAUAGCCUGGUAGCCAGAUUGGUUUCUGCUCGAGACCCAGACCUUGCCGCCAGGCUAACCGGUGAAGGGAGCCAUGGUAGAGUAUUGGAGCGUAGCCCCUGUUAAGUAACGUAGUACCAUAGUGAAAUGUAGCUGUUUUCUGUGUUCUAUUUGACCUUUCACCCCUAUUGAUCUCUCACCUCUUUCGCUUGGUCUCUGUGUGUUUGACAUGUUCCCACUACAAUUAAUAGUCAGUUUAAAAACUAUUUGACUGUAUAAAUAUACAUACAUAAUAUAUAGGUAUAUGAAUAUAGAUUAAUUUAACCGAUAGAUAGAUAACCAAGAGAAAACAGAUAGUCAAACGUUACUAUAGAUAAGGUUGAUCAUGAAUCAAAUUGAUAAGUGAUCUGGCCUUUUAUCCCCAACUCACCAGUCACUCUAUAGUCAUUAUACACACGGACAGCUCCAGUGUUUUUGUCAAUUAUUGGAAUCCAGUGGCUUCAUCUUAGUGUGUGUUGUAUGCAUUGUCUUGACAUCAUAUCCUUCAUAUCUUCAUCAUAACCUGAUGGUCUCAUACCUUUACACUGUAUUUAUUGUAUGAUGAAUGCUUUGAGUGAAUGCAGUGGGGUUGGGCUCAAUAUGGCAGUCAAUUCAGGAAGUAAACUGAAAUUCCAAUUCGAUGAUUGAAAUAGGGGCCUCCUAUUUUUAAUGACUUCUUAAUGAAUUGAAAAGGAGAAGCUAUUUAUGUUUUUUAAUUAGCUGAUUUUAAAUUCAAAUCACUUUCUGAAUCGGCAGCCUUCAAUUCGAAUUGAGCCCAACCCUUGAAUGCAGAAGAGUAUCUAUCUGAAGGACAUUCUAGUAUACAACAGUAUAUAAGUGUAACUGGCAUAGCAAUGCUGUAACUUCAAUCAGUCCACACCUCUUAAACCUCACUAACACAUACUACUCAGUGCUUAUGGAAAUAUCAAUGCUUUGAGACGGACAGAUAAACAGACAGAUAAACAGACAGGUA